AUUUUGAUUUGCAGUUGUGGUUUACUCUUGAUGUCUAAAAGAAAUACAUAGCACCCCAAAGAAGUCAACACCCACCAUGCACAUGCACAAGCUGUUUUGCUGUCGAGCCAUCAGCAUCACUUGCGUCCGUCCACGGAGGCUUGCUGAAUCACCAGCGUGGUACCGUCGCAGAGACCACAGUGCGGCCAAGUGUGCCAGAUCGGGCCAAUAUGUUGCACCACGCGUAUAGUCGCCGAAUUGCAUGCAGCUGGGUAGUUGGCCUUGGCGCCGCAGCGAUGACUUUCUCCAUCACUAGCUUCUUCUGUAUUUUGCUGACGUCUGCGUUUGAGCAGGCAGUCGACAAUGUAAUUGCUGCUGACAUCAACCUAUGAACUGCAAAAGUAUCGUACUCGUAUAAAUGCAUUACAAAUUUUCUCAGCAUGAAAAAUAAAACUUGUAAUGCGGAUUUAGCUAUAACAAAAAGACUUGUGAUGCAUGACUGCAAUACGAGUACGAUACUUUUGCACAGGAUACAACCUCCCCUCCUGCGGACACGCGUUGGAGUGCGACGCGCCACCACCACCACCGCCGAACGCAACUAUAGCAAGGCCGCAAGUACAACGACAAUUUUCGUCUACCAUUUUGCAGCCAUCAACCUCGACCCCCGGAGGACGAGAAGAAAAUGUCUUCAACCCUGCUGCAAGAACAACUAAAAUUUGCAGAAUCAGCGGCAAUGACGGGCAAAGGUCGUUUUUCAUCCCGACCAGCUGUGCCUUCCAAUUUAACGGCACGAUCAUUUUCGACCAGGCUAUGGUGGAAGCCGCGUGGAGCCGCGUGUCCUUGCGCAUCGAGAGCGUUAGUGGCAGUAUUCUGGUCAAGGAUUCGUUUUUCUGGCGGUUUGCGAAACUGGAAUUUCGAACAACUGCAUCUUCGGGAAAUAGUACAACUUCUAGUGCUGGUGCUGGUGGUGGUGCUCUUCCUGUUGAUGCAAGGUCAAGAACCACGCUGGAUAAAGUAGAUGAACAUAAACUAGGCCGCGCGGCCACUUCUUAUUGUCAACCACCGUGUAGUUCAACUUCAACAUCAUCAUCUAACGAGCCCUCUCCGACCCUACCCCCCGGUUCUUUGACCUUCGACUGGCAGGCGCCGUCGUCGGAGAGCCAGAAGUUUCUCACUGUAGAACACUUGAUCUUCAACACCAGCGGCGCAAGAGCAACUAGUACAACAGCCGGCGACGGGCGGGAACUUCUAAUGGAGCUGCCCAGCACUGAAGAUGCUCAUGCUCUUUCUGAUUCAUCCUCGGUCGGUGAUAUUCUCGUGAACGGCACGCGAAAAGUGGAGUUCCGGGGGAUCAGCAAGUUCGAAAUCAUCGGGAACGAAAAGGGCAGCAUCCAGCUGCUGCUAUCCAGGAAAAAACGCCCAUCCCCAUCCAUUUUUUGCACGGCAAGUAGUCGAACUUAUGCACGUUUUGCAUGACAAAUUGGAUGGACAUGGGUGUCUUUGCCUGGAUAGCUGCACGGGUUGUUCAACGUCUACGAUGAGAUGCUGGUGUCAAACACAAACACUGCUGCGGGAAAAAAUAGAGAUAAACGUACAACAUUUCUAGUCCGUGGCGCUGGUCGAGAAGAAAGUUCUUUGGAAUCUGCACAACCACGACCGGCAGCUAGUACACAGCUACAACCUCCUUCACGUGGUCGAGGCGGUAGACUUCAUUCAUCCCAAAAAAAUGCUGCCGGUGCCGUUGCACCCACCCUCGCCCCUCCAGUGAUCACCCUCGGCCCAGAGACCUCCCUGUUUUGUUCGGGGAAGAUCUAUGUGGAUAUGAACUGCAAAAGUUUCGUACUCGUAGUAUUGCAAUACAAAUUAGCUCAGCAGGACAAAUGGAAUUUGUAAUGCUGAUUGGCUUUAGGAAAAAUAUUUGUAAUGCAUAACUGCAAGUACUACGACUACGGUACUUUUGCACAGGAUAGUGGACGCGGUCGCGCAACUGAGCGUGCAGGUAGCCCGGGUGGCGAGCUUUCUGAACACGGACGUUUUGCCGGGCUUGUUUCUGUAUCCUGUGCAAAAGUAUCGUAGUCGUACUGAUUGCAAUCAUGCAAGACAAACCUGGUUUCUUAGCAAAAUCAGCAUUACAAAUUACAUUUCUCUUUCUGGAAAAAUUUGUAAUGCGAUUUAUACUAGUAGUACGAUAUUAGUUUUGCAAUGCAUAUUCUGCGCAGCUUGAAUAGCGUGGUGUUGCUGAACCCCUCGGACACGUGGAAUUGCGACGUCAUCGCCGUUUUCUCGUCCAACGAGAUCCGGUUCGAAGCCAAAUCCGACUACUACGACACGGACUUGCGGACGGGCGGGGACCGGUUCGAUUGCGACAGUGGCGGGGGUGGAAGCAGUGGACAGCGACAGACUCCUCGAAGACUAGCACAUGAAGAAGAAGACGGGCCUCGAUCAGACGACCUCCAGCCUGGAGAUCUCUCUCGCCAAGAACGGGACACCAGAUAUGACGAUGACCUUUCACGACAGCAGGACGUCUUGCUUCAGACACAUCAUCAACAGGAUGAGCAAGAAGAUGAAGAGGAAGCAGGUCGUUCAUCAGGUACAACACUUAGAACAAGCACAUCCUCAAAGACCACUGUUGCUGCGACAGGGUUUUCUUCAAGACCCUUCUCAUCUUCCGGUGGCGGCCCUCCCCGCGACGCCAUCGACUUUUGCGAAAUGUGGACUACUAUCAAAUGCAAAAAUGUGUGGGUCUGGAAGGAUUGGAACUUGUGAUGCAAAUUCUGGAACACGCAAAAACCUGUGUUGCAUGAGCGCCAAAAGCUGUUCAUUUCUUGGUCCGCAGGUAGGAAGUUCCUCAUGCGGGACAGGCAUCACGAGGCGUGCUCAAAACCUGUGAUGCUUUUGCCUGCAUCAGACGCCAUUUGCGUGAUCCGAAAUAUGCAUGACAAAUCGCGCAUUCUUCCAGACCCAGACAUUUUUACAUUUGAUAACUACGCCGUGCGGGAAGCAGGAGGUGAAAAAAACUUCUCCCAAACAACAGCAAGAAAGUUACGGCCACUUCUCUCAGGUUGUUCACAGUCAAGAAGACCACCCGGAGGAUGCAGAUGGCGGGGGUGCAGAAGAAAAUGAACAAGGAGAAGCAGUAGAAGCGCAUCGUGGAUUUUUUAGAUUUCCUGCACCUGCUGGAGAAAAAGGAAGAAAAACCUCCUACAUGGUUACAGGCGGAGGGGAAAAGACCUCGAUCGCGAGAAGAGACCACGAUGAAAUUUCCGAAACACAGGACGAGGAGGACAACAGCUGCUACACCGCAAACUGGUACACAUCCAGCAACAACACGAACGAUUUCCAGCAACCAGAUCUACGACAACUAGCGAAGGACUUUGUCAGCACCAAACUAUCCACCGCCUCGAAAAUCCCCUUCGACUUCAUUUUAUGCAUUGCAAAAGUAUCGUACUAGUAUAAAUGGCAAUACAAAUUGGCUCAGCAUUACAAAUUCAAUUUGUAAUGCGGAACAACAAGUGGAUUUGUGAUGCGUAAGUGCGAUUACUACCAGUACGAUAAUUUUGCACAGGAUGCAUUUUCGUUUCCCCCAAGGUAACGGUGGACGAAAAAUCGAAAAUUCAGGCGCAGGCCAUGCUCUUCUGCAGCGACGAACUGCAGCUGAAGAAGGCGACUCUGUCGACCACCGGCCGGGGCUGCCAGGCCGGGGAGGGUAUCGGCCGUAUCCUGAGUAAAAACGUACCCACACCAGAGUCAGGAUGGGGAUUUUGCAACACAAACCUAGGAGUUUUAGGAGUCACGCAUCACAAAUUGCAGUCCGUAGUGUAGUGCAGGUUCGCAAGGCCAGCUGCAUCAGAAAUCGAUCUGCUCAUCCUGUUUACAGCAUUACAAAUUACAAAACACGACUAAAAAUGCCUCUCCUGGCGAUGCGCAUUACAAAUGUUCCUGUCAUUGCAAAUCUGCAUGACAGCUCUGGUGUGGGGACGUUUUUACACAGGAUAGGCCGGGGGGCAUCGUCGCGGGACGAACUGUACCAAAUGCAAAAGUGUCUGGGUCUAGAACAAAGCAACUUGUCAUGCUGAAUCUGAAUCAUGUAUAGAAUCUGUGUUGGAUGAUUGCCAAAAGCUGUCCACUUUUGACCUAGCCGAGAGGCAGUUUCUCAUGCAGGAUAAGCAUGACGCUACUCUCACAGAAUCUGUCAUGCUAUGUCCUACAUACCAGACCUCAUGGCUCAUGGAGAACCUGCGUGACAAGUCUGGCGCUCUUCCAGACCCAGACAUAUUUGCACUGGAUAAACUGUUGGGCGCCGGGGGGAGCCACAGUGGCCGGGGCGGGUACAGCGUGAUUGCCAAGUCGCAGGGGAUCAUGCCGGUCGCGAGCCCCGGAAUGGAGUACGAUGUGCCGGACCAUGAUUUGAUAUCCCAGCUUGAUGAAGAACAAAUAACGCCAGAAAAUUCUUUGCUUCCGGGAGAGGACUACGACGAGAAGACGAAAGAGAAAACUUUCCCGUCUGAAGAUGCAGUACAGCAAGAAGAUUUAUUUUCCAGAAGUUUAAAACACGAUGAUGAUUACGAACACGAGCAGCAGCUGCACCUCGUGCAAGAUGGACAAGAACUCGGACUCCUGCGGAGAUCAUCAUCUACCAACUCGCAACAUUCAUUGUACAACCGCAGAACAACAACCUUACGCAGCAACAGAAGUUCCAACAUUUGGUGGGACGUGUCCACGCCGGCGUCCGGGGGCGGCUGCGGCGACAUCACGCAGUGCUCUUUUCUCUACCGGUUGCCCAAUAAGCCCAGUUCCGGGGGCGGGAUGAUUUGGGUCAAUGCCGUGAAGAUUUCGCUUUUUCAAUCGGUGCUUUCCACAGACGGCAACAAGGGCAUGGUGUCCGAGGGCGCCUUCGGCCAGGGGUGGGCCAGCGGGGGCGGCAGCGGCGGGCUAUCCUAUGUAAAAGCGUCCCCACCCCAUAGUUGUCAUGCAAAUCUGCAUGCUGAAAAUGUUUCUCAUGCGGAGAUCCAUGAGAAGCAGUUUCUAGUCGUGUUUUGGGAUUUGUGAUGCUAGAAUCAGCAUGAGGUGCUAGAUCUGCGAUGCUGCUGAAGAAGCUAAACAGGAUUACACUACGAGUUCAAACUUGUCAUGCGCAACAGCAAAAGCUGACAGAUUUGUCUAGCCGAUUCCCCAUCUUGACUAUGGCGUGGUGACAUUUUUACUCAGGAUACGGGCAGAUCGUGAUCCACACCCUGGACGACAUUGUCGGCUCGGGGCUGCUAUGAAAUGCAAAAAUAUCUGGGUCUGGAAGAUUGCAUGUCUGUCAUGCUUGCCUGGCAUGACUCUUAAAUCUGUCAUGCACGUUACUUACACAAGAGCCCCAUUUUGCUGUCAUGCAGAAACGCAGUUUGUCAUGCAGAAUAGGCAACACCUAGAAGAAGCUCAAAAGCUUGGCAUGCUGCGCCAGCACUUAUGGCCUUUUCAUGAUACGCCACCCAGCAUCACAAGUUUCCAGACCCAGACACUUUUACAAUCCAUACCUGCUGACCUCGCGGGGAGGUAACAAUGCCUGUUUGGAGAAGGGCGCUUCCGGGUAUGAAAGCCUCAGAAUGGAAAUUCUCAAAGUGGAAAUAAUUUGUGAUGCAUGAAAUGCGACACCAAAAAGACUGCAUUGCAGAGAACGCAACGGAGGCCGACUAUUGUGCUGCUACGGGUUCAGAAUUGGGCUGCUGAUUAGCACGAGAAAAGGACACCCCUUUGCCUAACUCUCAUGACAGACACGCUUUUAGUGCCCGGGAAAUUAGUCAUGCGCCGACUAGAAAUGGCGCUUCAACUGGAGUCGUCUUUUUGCAUUGCAAAUUAUUUCCACUUUGAGGAUUUCCAACCUGAGGCUUUCAUACCGGGGCGGGGGGAGGCGGUCUGGUCGGAAUCAGGUGGCACAACGCUGUAUCCUGUGCAAAAGUAUCGUACUCGUACUAAUUGCAAUUAUGCAUGACAAGUCUUGUUCUUAAGGUAAAACAGCAUGACAAGUUUCAGUUUUCAUGCUGAGCAAAUUUGUGAUGCCAUUUAUACUAGUACAAUACAACUUUUGCAAUGCAUACGCUGCUCCUUCACCCGGUGGAAGAGCAAGAGGUCGCGCCGCAGUAGGAGUACAUGCUCCUGAAGUUUUUCUUGACACGCACUUAUUAAUGCAGCAGCUUCACGAGGACAUCAGAACCAGAAGCAGAGAACGCAACAUCCAAAUUACCGUUUCCGGUGGCACAAUUGAUCCCUCCUGCUUGGAAAACCCGCCGCCGCACGUCCACACGGUCACGGAGUCCAUCCAGGGAAAACGGGGUGUCGCCUCCCAUUUGGGCAUGUGCAGUCCCGGCUUGUCUGGCACGUUUUGCACGCCGUGCGAACGCGGAAAAUGGUCGAACGGCGGGGCGAGCUGUUUGGUGUGCGACACGCCGCGGAACGUAGAGAAGUUUGAGUGGAUAUGAUCCACAAAAAAAGAACCAUCUUCCCCAUCCAAUUUGUCAUGCAAAGCGUGCGUAUAUUCCACUAUUUGUCGUGCAAAAAAUGGAUGGGGAAGAUGCUGGUUGUUUUUUUGUGGAUAGUGGACCACUAGCGGUUGGCCAAAUGCGACCUGCCCGUACCGCUGCCCGAUCAACUACCCGUCCCUGAUAUCGCAAGAAAAAACUGUUUCACUGUAAACUUGUGAUGCAGAAAAUGGAACACAGAAGCAUUUGUCUUGCUGCACAUGCAAGAAAGUGGACUUUUAGCUGUGUUUUCCCUUAGGAAGCUUGCAUGGCAAAUUUUAUCUGUCAUGUAGAACAAACUUGUGAUGCAAAACCUGCAAAAUCCUUACAGUGAAGCACUUUUUUCGUACGAUACCUGAACACGAACCCACAGUGUCUGGACUAUGACAGUGCACAACUCCGCGUCCCCCUCAUUUGUAAAAAUGCGAAGUUCCAAACGCAAACCUUACUUGUAAGCACUGCUAGCAUGACAAAUUUGGAACGUCAAAUAGUACUACAAUCUGCACGCAGAUUUGUGUUUGUCAUGCGAAAGGCCCUUUUCUGCCGUCGCUUGCGCUGCUGUUCAUGCCAUAUUACAAAUGCGCGGGAGCAGGGGGGGUUGUGCACUGUCAUAUCGACCCCUGGCGCUACACGAUGGCGUUUUUCGGCGGGUUGUUCUAUCCUGAGUAAAAACGUACCCACGCCAGAGUUGUAAUGCAGAUUUGCAAAGACAAGAAGACUUGUAAUGCGCAUCCGCAUGAGAGCCAUUUCCAAUCGUGUUUUGGAAUUUGUGACGCUGUGAACAGGAUGAGCAGACGAAUCUGUGACGCGGCUGCACUUGCUAACCUGCACUAUACUGCAGAGUGCCACUUGUCAUGCGUGACUCACAAAACUGCUCCUAGGUACUGUUGCAAAAUCCCCAUCCUGACUCUGGUGUGGGUACGUUUUUACUCAGGAUAUAUUCGGGCUCUUAACCAUCGGCGUGGUGUUGGUUCUAUUCAUUCUCAUCUCCCUAACCUGCGAGGAGCACCGGCGAAAAAGACGGAGAAAAAUGUUGCAAUUGGCGUAUUCGAUGGAGCAGGCACUUGUAGGAAGUAGUGGUAGUGCUGGGGAUCAAACCACCACUCAGUUGUCAAGUAGUGGCUCCGACAAGCACCAUGCUGAGGGAAUUAACUACGAGCAAAUUAUAAAAGAUGGAUCCCGGCAAAACAAUAACGCAAACAACCGAGGGACUACAUCGCCGAACGUUGAAGAGCAGUAUUCCAGCAAUUUUCAUUCCUUACCGAGAAUCGCACGAACUAAUUCGUCUAACGUUUCUGUUUUCAACGGGGGUUCAGGCGCAACAACUUCUGGCGCAGGUUCCACAUCCACCUCUUUCGCGCGAGGCCUGUUGCGGAAGAACGGGAGAAUGAUGACGACGUUCGGUUACAACAGAAACGUCGACCAAAUGGGGAUGGAAAGACUAAGCAUGGCAAAGUGGGCGGAAGUGAAGGUGAGACCGAUGGGGUUUUCGUCUACUAGUACUUCCCCGCCAGGCGCAAUUACCGGUGGCAGUGCUCACCAUAAUGUUCGUCGUGCUGCGCGAGGAGGAGCAUUGUUCGCGGGCGGCGAUCUUCGGCAAGAAGAACAACCUCCAAACUCCUUGACGUGUCUGCAAGAGUUUUUCACCACCAUCUGCCACACGACAACCCAGGUCGGUGGCAAAUUUCGGUCACUUUUCCGCAAGUUAGUGGAGCUUCUUUCCGCAGUCUUCUGUUGCAGUUGGUGCGUGAGCAGGGCGAGGCUGUUGUGGAAUCGACAGGAUGGGGCCAGAGGUGGCACAUCGGCGGGUAGCUCUACGUCGGCAAGAACUUCUGCUGGACCGGGCAUGAACAGUGGUGACAAUGAUGACAGCGGUAGUAACCUGACGAGGUCGAGUCGCGGGUUUUCUUCCGACAUAGAACAGGACAACGGAGCGACAAUUAUACUAACUGGUGCAUCGAAUAAUUCUGUUUCUGCUACAACGGCUGGGUUAAAAAAAGACAGAGUUCUUCAUGUAGACAAGGACAUCGACAAAGAAUCCGGUGACAACAAAAGCUCCCAUUUUUCCUCCGUCCCGACAUCGCAAAGACAGUCCCAAAUUUCCGUCCCCCUCUCCCCGGCGGAGGUGGAUCCGAACGCAGCGACAGCAAGAGUGCUGAAUGAAAAUUUGGACCAGGUCCACGAUUUCUUGUCGAUUUUGAGCGCGGAAGAUGGAAACGAGAAUCAGGGUCGUGGUGCUCAGAUAAACUCGAAUAGAUCCUCAUCCGCACGAACAUCCUCUUCGUCCAGACUCGUCGGAGGUGUUGAAACUCGAGGUCCACAAUUUUUGAAGCCCCCGAUGAAUGUGACCGGAGCUGCGAACAUUUCGUACGGACAAGAACAUUCGUCGGCUGAAGACAACAAGAACAGUCCUGGUGGAAGCUUGGACGGCGCGGGCGGUGUGAACAAAAUGAAUUUCUUGACAGCUGCUACAAGGUCGUAUACCAGUCCGGGGCCGCCCCCUCCGGGUGGCGCUUCCUCUUCUUUCGCCAUGAUGACCUAUUCAACAAGCAACUCCCCUGCUGCAGAUCAUGUGAAUGACUUCCAACUUCGAAGUCCCAGCACGACGCUCCAGAACGACAGCUACAAUUCGGUAACCAGCACUACAUCCGCCGUCCGUAGUCGUUCUUCGACAAGAGAGCAACCGCUUUUGGAAGGGAAUAGUACUUUUUUACGAGCGGGCGCAACGUCAAGGAGCGGAAGAACUUCGGCAAUGUUGGCCAGACCCUCAUCGCAACAAAUAGACCACCAUCAUCUUCAGAAUUACCAGCACCCGCCGGCUGUUGCAGUCACGCCCGUUGAGGAUGAGGCCGACACACUAUUGCCGGAGGACGCGGUCCGCGGACUGCUUUUCAACGCCGAUGACUUACCAUACCACGUGAAACGAAUCUAUUUCAGCGGAAGUAACGACUGGGAGGAUGCGUGGCGACUGGAACAAUUAUACCACGGAGACCGCAGGAUAAUUACCACAGCUUCAUCACGACCCCCCGCCGGAACCACGUAUCUUCACGUCGACCAGAUGAACAAAUGGGAUCAGUUUUCUGCCCGGUUGAAUGAGCAGAUUUUCAAUUUCUCUGCCCGGAUCAACACAAAAUUCCGCAUCCGCCUGUCGCAUUUGAUCAAAACGCUUUACCCCCCGCUCUUACCUUGGUUCAAGAGGAAGUUCAAGCGGGAGCGGGCCUGCAGACUGUUGGAGUUUGUCAGUAUGGAAAUGGGCAACUCGGCGGAGGACGAGUUGCUGCUUGCGAAUCUCUUGCCCUUGAUAGACAGACAGUCUACUGCUGGUGGUGUACUAUUAGGCCAAUCGAACAACGACUACAAUGCCGCUAAUGUCCUCCCUCCGUCCUCAAGCAGCACAUCAAACGCCAUGAUUCCGGUCACAGUAAAGUUUGGUUGCGAUUACUCCGUAUCCAGGAAAAAACACCCAUCCCCAUCCAUUUUUUGCAUGGCAAACAGUGGACUUUGUGCAUGUUUUGCAUGACAAAUUGGAUGGGCUGCUCGCCAUGAAAGCAACUACAUUACAUCUUGCCUCACUUUUUUAAGAUGGGUUUUUUCGUAUUUCGGACUGUGCCAUAGUAGAUGACUUUACCGCUUUUUUACUUUUCUUUUAUCCCUCAGCGCUGGUGGGUCUGCCGGCAAAGUUAUCCCUACUCAGAUGGCUACAAAGCUCAUCCCGCAGCCGUCCCAGGAGCUCUUGCGACUGUCUCUCGGUAGAGAUCGCUUUGCCCGUGCUUAUUCCACUCAGAGUUUGCUGGGUAGGUGGCUACCGUUUUAAGUUUAUAAACGAAUGGGACGCCCUGCCCUUAGCCUUCCAACAUGACAAAUUGGAUGGGGAACGGUGUUUCUUCCUGGAUACUCCGCGUCCCUGGCGUACUUGGAUUUUCUCGACUACGACUCGAAAACUCUGUUCGAUUGGUCGCCGGAAUUGAAGCAAAACGAACAAAAGAUUCUGCUUGCGUCAGGGACCGGGGAUUACGACAACCCAUUUGCGUUGGAAUUGUCCGAUCCGUUGGUCUAUCAAAUGUAAAAGUGUCUGGGUCUGGAGGAAGGAUGGAACCUGUGAUGCGCAUUUCAGAACACACAAAAAUCUCUCACGCAUAGGUAGUAAAACUAAAAGCUGCUCACUUUCUGUCACCAAAAUGGGGGACUUGUCAUGCGGGUUCGGCAUUGCGGAAGCUUCUCGAAGCCUGUGAUGCUAGAGCUUCCAUGCCAGACCUUCUGUGUCAUGCAGAAACAGCAUAACUCUUUCAGACCCAGACAUUUUUGCAGUCCAUAUGGUCGCUCAACUGCAGUCCGUCUGUGGUUCGGCGGCCCUGCUCCCGGUGCUGCAUCAGUUCAACCGGUGCGCGCGGACGAUUCGGAAGGAAGAAAUUUUGGCAGGGUAUCCUACGUAAAAACAUCCCCAGCCCAGAGUUGUCAUGCAGAUUUGCAAGCACAAAAGCAUUUGUAAUGCGAAUCCCCAUGAGAGGUAUGUCCCAUUGUGUUUCGGAAGAACUUGUAAUGCUGUAAACAGGAUGAGGAGACGGAUUUGUUAUGCGGCUUCCCUUGCUAAUGCUAAGCUGCACUACGGUACAGCCUGCAACUUGUCAUGCGUGACUCCCAAAACUUCAAGGUUUGUGUUGCAGAAUCCCCAUCUUGAUGACCCGGGGGUGGGGAUGUUUUUACUCAGGAUACGGGGUUUCGGGAGUACGAAAUGCUCAUGAGAAGCGUCGACUACGUGGAGAACAGCAGUGGCGGGUAUGGUGGUACAACUACGCAGGAAAAUCAUCUUGCUGGGAUGAAUGUAACAGCUGGAGGUCGUGGCGUAGCGGCUAUUAACAAAAAACAACCAGCCGGCUACUACUACCGAGAUGAGCACGGUCGAGAGCACGAUCUCGCACAAUUGCUGCCGCAAGAGGUUUUAUCCUAUGUGAAGGCCAGCAGCGCGACGAUGAUGACAAGAUCGGGGGCGGCCAACAGCGCUAGCCUAUCUAGCCGCUCAAGAACGCAUUCGAAAGAGGACCACGUAAUAGGAGCAUCUAACCCUUCGGGGGCAUUCCGCUCAACCAGAACCUCUGCGGCAAAUCAUGCAACGCCGGUAGAGGACCUGCAAAUGAACAACCCACGGGAAAAUAUGACAACGACAAGCGGGGCGGGCGCAACGACAACGAGCCAGCGACCGCAUCUGCGUUACUCCCAGAUCAUUUCUGAGGAUGAUGUUGACGGCAGUGCGGUCGCCAGGGACGUCGGCGUACUACUACACGAAAAACGCAGAACCGUUGCGAGGGGACGUCAACAGCAACACACCGCAGGACCAACAACCGGUCGGCGACUGUCCUCUCAAGCAGGAGCAGAAGGUAGUGCACAGCUUUAUGAUGUCGCAGGGCAACACCAACAUGAAAUAGAAAAUCAGACGAGUUCACGCAGGACGAGUACCAUGAUGCAGCAACACACAAGGGCUAGCCACGUCCAAGUUCCGCUUCCCACGGUCGCGACUCUAGCAGCCGUGCCUGAGACAGUUGCAGUUCCCAACAUGAUCUCUCGGGGGAGAAGCGAAGAGGUCAGUAUGCGGGUACUCGCAGCCGGAGGUAGCAGUAGUUCCCGGAACCGCACGAGGACUGUCGAGAGGACUCGAAAUAGUCGUCAAACGACUUCCACCUCCCUCGCUCGCAGUUCCGCUCUCUUGACAACCAAGCUCCGCGAACAGGUGAUUUUCCUGCAGGGGUCGAUGCGGGGCGACGGGAGUGCAGCCUUGCAAAGACUCUACCACUUGAAACACGCGGUGGAACAAAGAUCUGACGGAUUACGAUUCGGCGGCCUCAUAUGGAUCUGUCAGGAUUGAAAUUGUCAAAGUUGAAAUGACUUGCCAUGCAUAAAAUGCAAGGCAUGAAGUGCCUGUCUUGCCGGGAUGGCAAGUGAGGCAAAUUGUGAGCCUAUUUAGGGUCUGGGACAGAGCUGCUAGAGGAGCAUUACAAAAGCAGGCUUCUGUGCCCAAACAGCGUGACAAAUUGGAUUCCGGUGCUCCGAAAAUUUGUCAUGCGCCGCCUGGAAGUUGGGCUUCCACCUGGUAUCCAUUUUAUGCAUGACAAAUUAUUUCAAUUUCAACUUUGUCGAUUUCAACUCUGACACAUCCAAACCUCAGCGUCUCUGUCGUUUGCGUGCCGCACGAUUCGGAGAAGAAGUCCUGGCGGGUGGGGCUUCUGUUCACGGGGAGGAGCAGUGGCUCUGCCUCCGGUGGUGGGAGUUCUAUGGCGAAUAACACGGGCGUCACGAAUAGCAUGACGACGACGCCGAACGUCAGCCCGAGUAACACACCGAGAGCCGGCAGUUGUGUGGGUAGGGAGGAGGCGUGGCACUUUCCGAACAGCAGUUAUGGCAAUCUUCACGGGACGACGAGCCAAGCUAGUUCAUCUGCGGGUGCAUUGUUCCGCACAGACCUUGAGCUUUCUGGCGGUUAUGGCCCGAGGAGCUCUUCGCCAACAACUUUCGGAGCUGCUGGUCGCGCGGCACAACCCGAUUUCUUCGAUGGUGACCACGGUGAAGCUGCUGCGCUGGAUCAUCAUCAUCACCAUCACCAUCUCCCGAUAGACGGCACCCACGACCCUUUAGCCGGCGGUGCAAAUGUAGUUGGUGCCGACCACGGUGGUGUUAAUCAUGAUAUUCCACCAACAUCAUGCACAACUUCUCGCUUCGACCAGUGCCUCCGACUGUUGAAAAAAACGGCAAUCCGCAUCAAAAAGCGCUGCCAGUUUCUCCACUACUUUCAUCUGCUGCUGAAAAUUCCGCACCAUUUAAUCCUCCAAAACCGAACCCCGCCGACCAACAGCUUUUUGCAGCGCGUCCUCAUCCUCAUUCUGUACGCACUGAUUUUCGCCGACGCUAUGGUUACGAUUCUACUGGCGAACACGUUUUUCGAACUUCACCCGCUCGUGUUUCUGACCUGGUUCUUCGUCUUCCCGCUGACCCCCCUGGUCUGCCCCCUGCAGGGCAUCGCGUGGCUGUUGCUGGCCCGGGAAGAGAAGGGACGGACCUUUUGCCAUUUGGUAGCUGCGUCGAUGGUGAACGUGUACGCGGGCUUUUUCGCGUGGGCAGUCUGCGUGGUUUCCCGCGCGCUGAGCAGUGUGGAUGUUGUUCCCGCCGUGGAGUACUUUUUAUUCGACGUUGGCAGUCGUGCUACAUCUAGGCGGCCACUUUUCUUCACGGUUCCCAACGGCCCUGAAGGUCCUCGCAGUACUACUCUUGAAUUGACUACCGAGCAGGAGUACAACUACUCGCCGUACUACGCAAACCAGCUAAAAUAUGGAAGCGUCAGGUUUGAAAUCGACAAAGUUGAAAUAAUUUGUAAUGCAUAAAAUGCAUGACCCGAGGCACGUGUGUUGCAGAGCAGGCAAGUGAGGCCGAUUGUAAGCCUGUUUGGGGUUACAGCUCGAGCUGCUGAAGUAGCAUGAGAAAGUCACUCUUCUUUGCCUAAACAGCAUGACAAACUGGAUUGAGGGACCGCCGAAAUUUGUCACGCGCCACUCGGAAACUGGGUUCCAACUGGCAUCCAUUUUAUGCAUGACAAAUUAUUUCAACUUUGUCGAUUUCAACUCUGACACAUCCAUAUAAAACUAGCCGCAGAGCAGGGCGGAUUUGAUGAGCCGCCGGCGCACCAGAUGUUGACCACGAGUUCUACUACCUUACUCAGCGAGAAAAUAAAUGAUGCCUGGACCACCACAACAUCUUCAAUCACUUGGAAUGGCGUCCCUAUCGUCCCCUCCUCCGCUGGCGCUAUCGCCUACUCGAUUCGGCUGUUCGUUCUGGGUUUCGCCGUUUUCCUCGCAGAGUUGCUUUCCAUCGCGAUCUUGAAAAUCGCGUUAGGUGUCACUGCGAAUGUGUACAUUGGAGCGCUGGAAAUGGAGGAACUCGCCCUGAAUUGCAACCAGAACGGAUUCAACAUAACUGGAAGUAGUGGGCGGGGUAAUCAUGGGGGUUCUACUUUCGCCGGAACUGUAAAUGAAAACGAAGGAACAAUUACCGGCCCGUUCAGCGCUGCACCUUCCGGUGAAGAAAUACAGCAGGGCGGACGCACGCACCCGGGGGUCGUCCCACUGACGCUGACGCAUUCGAGGGCGGUGAAUGUAGAUGAUGAUAGUGGGGAUGAGCAUGAGAAUGAGGCGGGGGCCGGGUUUGUGGUGCCGAGGUACUCGGGGAUGGCGUAGAAAAUCAAAUUCAGAAUUUUGAUGAUGUAGUUGAGGAAAAACAUCAUGAUGAGUGCUUUUCCAGGAGCCUCACCACUGCCAGAUUUUUGGUUGCGUAUGUAUACGACCUGAUAAAGACACGGAUGAAUUUCAAUGUUUCGCACGUUUAUCAAAUGAACUCGAGGACGACUGGUCGUCGUGUGACAUAGCCACUCAUCACUCGCCAACACGAAAGAAUGCCCAUCUGCGCAGCACGAGCACGCCAAGGAAACGC